AUGACUUUCGAGAUUGAUUCUACUGAGGGCUCUACUAAGAAUAGAAUUGGCUACACUGUCAACGGCCCUAGAAACUCUAAGGAUGAUUGGAAGGACGGUACAGAUCAUAAGAUUGUGGUUGUGGAUACCAAUAAUAGUGUUAGCGAUGACCCAGAAUCACAAGAUGCAGUCAUAAGAGAGAGAUUGAACAGAUCGUUGUCACCUCGGCAUGUUAAUAUGAUUGCGAUUGCUGGUGUCAUUGGUACUGGCCUCUUCCUGUCGACUGCUAAAUCUUUAAAUGCUGGUGGUCCUGGUUCGCUUUUGAUCAAUUAUGUGAUCAUGGGUGGUGUUAUUUAUUUGACCAUGUUGAGUUUGGGGGAAAUGUCCACGUUUAUGCCCAUUAGUGGAUCUUACUGUGCAUAUUCAAGAAAAUUCGUCAGUGAGUCUUAUUGCUUUGCACUAAUGUGCAAUAUGUGGUACAGCGACGCCGUGUCUGUGGCUAGUGAUUUAACAGCACUCCAAUUGGUAUUGGACUACUGGAAGACAAACACUCACCAUUUCCCCUACUGGGCGGCAUCAUUGUUGUUUUGGUUUCUUAUACUGGGGCUCAAUGUUGUCCACGUUAAACUGUAUGGUGAGGCUGAAUAUUGGUUAGCCAUGUUAAAAGUGGUCGCAGUGAUUAUUUUCUUUAUAAUGGCCAUCAUAGCUAACUGUGGUCAUAACCAACAGCACGAAUACAUUGGAUUCAAGAAUUGGAGCCAUGGAGAUGCGCCAUUUGUUCAAGGGUUUAAAGGUUUCGUGACGAUUUUUGUUACUUCCAGUUUUUCAUAUGGUGGUACUGAGACCGUUACAUUGACAGGCGGUGAAGCUAAGAAUCCUGUUAGAAAUACUCCAAAGGUAAUAAAGACUGUCUUUUGGAGGAUUUUGGUCUUUUACGUUUUUACUAUGUUCUUCGUCGGCAUGGAUAUUCCAUAUGAUUAUCCAAAUUUAAAGACGAAAUCUGUAUUGACGUCGCCUUUUACCAUUGUCUUCCAAAUGGCUGGUACUAAAGCUGCUGGUUCAUUCAUGAAUGCCGUCAUUAUGACAAGUGCCAUCAGCGCUUGUAACCAUGCACUUUUCGGCGGUAGCCGAAUUUUGUAUAACAUGGGUCUCGAAGGGUUUCUACCAUAUUCUCGAUUUUUCACAAAGACAAAUAGAAAUAAGGCACCGUACGUUGCUGUUAUUACUACUUGGGCCGUUGGUGGUCUCUGCUUCGGUGCUAGUUUCAUCGGAGCUGGUGAAUUAUUCUCAUGGUUACAAAACAUCGUCGGUGUAUCGAAUCAGAUAUCCUGGUUGUCCAUUGCAGUCAUUUCAAUUAGAUUCCGGAAAGGUUUAGAAGCACAAGGUAAGGUCCACGAAUUGAAAUUUCGUAAUUGGACAUAUCCAUAUGGGCCAUGGUUCUGCAUUAUCUUCAUUUCUCUAAUCAUUCUGGUACAAGGUUGGUCGGCAUUUGAUCCUUGGAGCACUUCAAGUUUCUUUUCAUUCUAUUUGGAAUUGAUCGUAUUCCCAGCAUGCUGGAUAUUCUGGUGGGUCAUCAAGAGAGAUCGGUUCAAAAAGGCUAAGGAUAUGGAUUUCAUCACCGAUAAAUACGUCCAGUCAGAAGAGGAAUCAUUGCUCAAUGAAAGGCUAGAUAAUUUAAAGGGCCUGCCAAGGGUAAGACAGGCAAUCAGUGAUUAUUUCUUAUAA